AUGACGUCCACAAUCGGCAUCCCAAUCAAGCUCCUCAACGAGGCACAGGGCCAUAUUGUGACCCUUGAAAUCACAAGCGGUCAGACCUACCGCGGGAAACUGCUCGAUGCUGAGGAUAAUAUGAAUGUCCAACUAAAGGACAUUACGGUCACCGCUCGCGACGGCCGCGUCUCCCACCUCGAACAAGUGUACAUUCGGGGAUCCCACGUGCGAUUCUUCAUCGUCCCGGACAUGUUGCGCAAUGCCCCCAUGUUCAAGAGUAGGAACUUGAGAGGACGUGGUGUUGGUUUGGCAAGAGGAAGGGCGACUGUCAGUCGGGCUAGAGCUGGUGGACGGCGAUGA